AUGAUACCAAAUCUUCCUGUAGUUAUUAUGGAUAAUGGAACAGGAUUAACAAAAAUUGGUCUUUCUGGAAAUGAUGUUCCUUCUUAUGUUUUUCCUACAGUUAUUACAUCUUCACAGACACCAGGAACAGGAUCAGGACGAUCAGUCUCAUUGUCAAAAUCAUCCUUUCUAGGAUCUAGUUUAUCUAUAGGAAGUUCAUUAAAUAAACGCGGAGCAGAGGAUUUGGAUUUUUAUAUUGGUUAUGAAGCGUUAGAACAAGCGAAUGGCUUAGGAUAUAGUUUAAAUUAUCCUAUUCGUCAUGGAAUAAUUGAAACAUGGGAUCAUAUGGAACGAUUUUGGCAGCAGAGUAUUUUUAAAUAUCUAAAAUGUGAUCCAGAGGAUCAUUAUUUUCUUUUAACAGAACCCCCACUUAAUCCUCCCGAAAAUAGAGAACAUACGGCAGAAAUUAUGUUUGAAUCUUUUAAUUGUGCAGGACUUUAUAUUGCAGUGCAAGCUGUUCUUGCACUUGCUGCUUCUUGGACCUCUUCUAAAGUUCAAGAUCGAUCUCUUACAGGAACAGUAAUUGAUUCCGGAGAUGGCGUAACACAUGUAACUCCUGUUGUGGAUGGCUAUGUAAUUGGAUCAGCGCUCAAGCAUAUUCCUAUUGCUGGAAGAGAUAUUACAUAUUUUGUUCAAUCUCUUUUGCGUGAUAGGAAUGAGUCAGACUCUUCUCUAAAGACUGCUGAAAGGAUCAAAGAAGAAUAUUCAUAUGUAUGUUCGGAUAUUAUUAAAGAAUUCAAUAAAUAUGAUAGAGAACCAGAAAGGUUUCAAAAAUAUUUUGUAGAAACAAGUUCAGAUAAAAAAGUAGUAGUGGAUGUUGGAUAUGAGAGAUUUCUUGGCCCAGAAAUUUUUUUUCAUCCUGAAAUUGCAACAUCUGAUUUUUUAACGCCUUUGCCUGAAGUUGUAGACAAUGUAAUUCAAGCAUCUCCUAUUGAUGUCCGACGUGGUUUAUAUAAAAAUAUUGUUCUUUCAGGGGGAUCAGCAAUGUUUAAAGAUUUCGGAAAAAGAAUGCAAAGAGAUAUUAGACAAAUUGUAGACAGGCGUAUUCGGAAAGGAGAAGAGCGCUCAGGUGCAAAAAGUGGGGGAUUAGAAGUUAAUGUUAUUUCACAUAAAAAGCAAAAAAAUGCAGUUUUUGUUGGUGCAAGUUUAAUAUCACAAGCUCCUGAGUUUUUAUCAUAUUGUUAUACAAAAAAGGAUUAUGAAGAAUAUGGGCCUGGAAUUGUAAGAAGAUUUGCAAUCUUUGAGUCCUUUUUAUGAGUUUUAUGCAAUUAUGUUACAUAUGCCAAUUUUUAUUC